UUCAGAACGUACACUUCCAUCGCAUUCGACUUCGACUCCUGACCCCUGAGAAGGGCCUUCUCCUUCCUCCCGUUUCGUUCCAGUCAGAUCAGGGCAUCGGCGGCGUGCCGGCGGCGGCGGAUCGGUCAUCAGGCUUCUUUCAGCAACUGAAGUAAGUCAAAUCUUUGGUUAGCUCCCCUGCGCCUUUUAGGCUGAUGCUAAUCAGUUUCCUAAGGGCAAGGACAAGAUUUUAUCAGGAUAAAGAGGGCUUCCAGUCAUCCGUAAUUUGUAGUAGAUCUCAUCUCAGGUUAUUUAGUUCAAUGAGAGAGGAGAUUCAGGAGAGUGCUCUACCUCACUUGCGGACUUCUGGGUCUGUAGCAGAACACAGGGACAAGAAAAGUUCCUCCACGAAUGCUCAGUUCACGCCUGAAAUAGAGAAGAAGUAUGUUCAUCGCGUUUAUGAUGCGAUAGCUCCUCACUUCAGUUCCACCCGAUUCGCGAAGUGGCCAAAGGUCGCCGCAUUCCUUAAAUCCUUGCCUGCGGGGUCCCUUAUUUUGGAUGCAGGGUGUGGAAAUGGGAAGUAUUUGGGAUUAAAUCCCGAUUGUUAUUUCAUAGGAUGUGAUAUUAGUGCUCCCUUGACUAAGAUAUGUGCCGACAGAGAUCAUGAAGUUUUGGUUGCAGAUGCCGUAAACCUUCCUUACCGCACUGGGUUUGGAGAUGCUGCGAUAUCAAUAGCAGUGUUGCACCAUUUAAGUACAGAGUAUCGAAGGAAAAAGGCGAUUGAAGAGUUGGUUCGGGUUGUUAAGAGAGGCGGGCUAGUUUUGAUCACUGUUUGGGCUGCUGAACAGGAGGAUCAGUCUCUGGUUAUAAAAUGGACCCCUCUUGCACAUAAGUAUGUGGAAGAAUGGGUGGGUCCUGGCAGUCCUCGUGUUCGAAGCACCCCAUCUUUGACGCUGGAAAGCAUCCCGGAGACAGAUGACAGAGUUUUGGGAGAGAAUGUGGGGAACUCCAAAGAUGAUUCACAUGAAUUGCCUGAGAGAAGUUCUCAUCCUGCCGGUCAAACUGAAAAUAAUAACAAUAAUCAGCAAGAAUACUUUGUGCCCUGGCACCUGCCGUAUCAUCGUGCUGAAGUCGGUGGAGCCUCAACCUGUGCUGUUGAGAGUGGCUUGGCUAAGAAAGAUGAUAAGAAGGGCGCUGUUGUCUACAAUAGAUAUUACCAUGUCUUCAGUGAGGGUGAGCUUGAAAGGUUAGUGUCUGGGAUGAACAACGUGACAGUUGUUGAUCGAUUUUUCGACAAAUCAAAUUGGUGUAUUAUACUCGAGAAAACAUGCUGAAGAAUAAAGGCCUUGGCAAAUGGCCCUAUAGAUGAAAUUUUUGUCAUGUACCCGUUUUGACUGCAUAAAUCAUCUAAGUCAACCGGCUCCAGGGCUCAACUCAAGGCGCUGUUCAAAUUAACUGUUGUUUCAAUGGUUUUGCUCCUAAGAGAAUGGACUGAGAUACUAUUCUUGAUUGAGAUAUGCCGAUCUCAUUUUUGAUUGCUCUGUUGAGACGUGGCUACUAGUUUUAAUGGCGAUUGGGAGUUAUAAUGGUACUUGGUCGGAAAGGCUAGUCCUGUUGAUAACCUUGGCCAGCCUGGGCAUUGGCAAGA